AUGGAAGAGUUGCUUGCCCAAUUGCGCAGUGCAAACCCAGGUGUUCCUGACGAGGUAAUAUGGCAAUUUCUGCAGCGACGACUGCAUGGCGAAAAUCGUGAGUAUCCAGCAUCUUUUCGAUCCCUGCUGGACGGAAAGAAUCGGCCUGAUGAGCCAGCUUCAAUGCAGCCUGCGCCAGAAUCUUUCCAGCUCAGAUCGCGCUGCCACUGUGGGAAGUGCAAGGUGGUUUGGGAUCUGGAUGCACAUCACUUGAGAGUGACUCGUUGCUACUGCCCAGCCUGCCGCCAUCAUCAAGCUAGCUCCUUUGCAUCAUACCUUGCAACUGGCUCUCCUGAAAACGGCAUGCCGCAAUUCACAGGUGACGUCACCAAGCUGCAACACGUCUGCGACGUUCUGGGCUCUGUGGCCAGGCUUAUGUGUUCUCGCUGCUUCACGAAACUGGCAGUGGUUCCAGACAGCGGAGCCAGAGCAGGUGAAGUCCUCCUCUGCAUGGGGUCCGUGGAAGACGAUUCGAUCCCUGAUGAAGUGGCACUGAAAUGGCAAACUUGUCACGAAGACUGGGACCAUGCUUCAGAGCCAUCAUGGUGGCGAGCGAAACCGGCAACAUCGAUGCUGCUCCGCCGGAGCCAAUUACUAAAGGGAGCCUGCUCCUGCGGAAGAUGUUCCUUUGAAGCUAAGCUAUUGCCUGGCGAAGCACAGCACUGCUAUUGCAGGCUCUGUCGGCAAAUGUCUGGAUCUGUGGCGCAGACCUGGGUUCCUGCAGAGAAAGUUCAUUUCCGAUGGUUGCGAUCUGAAACUCUACGACUGGUGAGAACAACUGGCCAUGGCCAGCGUCAUCUUUGCACUUCCUGUGGGACUGUUAUGACCAUAGUUUAUGAUUCACAGCCUGAUUGCAUCUGGCCGGCUGCUGGCACGUUCGAUGACACGCAGCUGGCGGAAGCUUCUUCCAAAGACUUGAUGUGGUACCGGGUGAUCCAUAUUUGCUGUGCUUACAUGCAACCUUGGUAUCUGCUUCCUGAUGAUAGGCUUCCUAGACUGAAGUAUGCCGGCUGA